AUGGAUGGGGAUCUGAAGCGCAAACGUAGCAGUUCGGCACUACCAACUAUCCAAAGGCUACCUACCAAGGGCAAGAGCAAUACAAGAACUCGGUUCUACAGCGUAUCGUCCAAAAUCGUACCGCAAACAAUACAAGUCAGUGAACACAAUGGAAAUGUAAUAGGCAAGAGUACAGAAGCGCAAACCUCUUCUCCAGCUCUGCCGAGCCUGUCAAAAGUUGGAUUUCAGUCCAUUUAUCAAAGCGCGAGCACCAAAAAGAGCCAAAAGAGCUUCAAUGGUACCGAUGCUCCCAGUAAGCUCCUGCCCGCCAGUUCAAGCUCUUCAAUCAAGAGUAACGGCACAGCUAGCUACCAGUCUUAUAGAAGCGGCUCCAAUGCUUCAGCACUUAGCAAUAAAAAAAGCGUGAACUCUUUAGCGCCCAAGGGAACUGUUAGGGGCUCUAUUGACAACCCAGAGCGGGAAAAUCAAAAGACAACUGGCGCCAGCAGGAGUUCUACAAGUCUCUCUUCAUCAUUUCAAAAGCAUACCUCACAACUCAAGAAAAAUCCCUUUAGUAUGGCAGCUCGAAAGAUUUUCAGCAGGAAAACAGGGCGGGGGGAUAGCUCUCGCGAAACCAUUAAAUCCCCUACUUCAGGAACAUCCACAACUUUCGGUAGGUUUCUGCAAAGCAAAUACGGAAAGCAUGUUGUCAAAACUAAUUCACAUCGUAAAUAUUCCGCUGGUAGUUUGAUGGACGCUGGAAAAGUUAAUCAGUCCUAUAGCGGUGCUAGUACCAGCACUAGUAACGAUGUGCCUUUACAGUUAGUGCAGGAGCCACUCUUAGACGCCAGUGACGUGCAAAUGUUGCACGACUUGAUCAAAAAUUUAAAGUCAUUGGAAUCUAACUACCGUACCUUCACUGUCGAGGAACUCGAUGCCCUGAUGAGCAACAUCUGGGGGGUUAUGUGUAGUGUCGUCGUAACACUGUUUCGGAACCAGGAAUUGUGGGAACUGCCAGCAAAAAUCGAGGACCUCAACCACGUCGUCUCUUUUUACAUUAAACUGAAGAUCUCCUCCAAAAACUCAUCUUCUAGUUGCAAAUUUGUAAGUGAAAUUGAAGAGUUUAUGACAACAUGCCUGUACAUUUUGGAGAAUCAAAUAGUGUUUAACUACAGCAAUGAGAACACGAUCAACACUGCAUUGAAAAGACUCUGCUUAAUUUGGGAGGUUUUUUAUCAACAAAUAUAUCAUAACGUUAUGGCGAUCUUUUUGCCACUAGGGGCUAGUUUUCGUUCAGACGUUAAAUAUUGGUCUGAUGCAUAUACCAGUUUCGCAAGUGACUCAUUAACUGGUAUACGUGCAGGAUCACUGUCACUUGAUCUCAUACUACUCAAAAGCUUCAGAGACUCCAUAGUUUCACCCUAUUAUGAAAGUUUUAUUAACAGUCAUGAGGGAGCGAGUAAGAGCUUUCAUCUCUAUAUCACGAACGAGGAAGAGGAGAAAGGAGUAACUCAGGUAGACAAGCUAACGCUUUUACAGUGCUUUGGUAUCCUGUCAUCUAUUAGAAGUACGGAUAUCAAGCAGAAAGUUAUUGAUGAAUUACUUAUUGGUAUCAGAAUGAGUAUAUGA